UCGGGGUCCCCGCCCCAGAGCGCUGCAGAGACGGAGUUGAGUCCCAGGGAUAGCAGAGCCGGAGCUGACGGGCAGCCGCUCGGCCUCUGGGGUUCACACUCCUGCGCCGCGGGGAGAAGGCCACCCGCAUGACGCCCGGAGGAACCCACUGAGCGCGGGUCACGGCGCCGACGGCGACACCAUGGCCUUGGAGCAGGCGCUGCAGGCGGCACGCCGGGGCGACCUGGACGUGCUGAAGUCCUUGCACGCCUCAGGCCUGCUGGUUCCUACUCUGCGCGACCGGCUGGAUGCUCUGCCAGUGCACCAUGCAGCCCGAUCUGGCAAACUUCACUGUUUGCGCUAUCUGGUGGAGGAGGUUGCCCUCCCGGCCGUGGCCCGCGCGCGCAACGGCGCCACACCCGCCCACGACGCCGCCGCCACAGGCUACCUCUCCUGCCUGCAGUGGCUGCUCGCACAGGGUGGCUGCAGAGUGCAGGAAAAAGAUAAUUCUGGUGCCACAGUCCUGCAUCUGGCUGCCCGCUUUGGCCACCCACACGUGGUGAACUGGCUUCUGCAUCACGGCGGUGCGAACUCAGCCAUCACCACAAACACAGGUGCCCUGCCUCUCCACUAUGCCGCCGCCAAAGGAGACCUUCCCUCCACGAAGCUUCUGGUCGAGCAUUACCCUGAGGGAGUGAAUGCCCAAACCAGCAACGGUGCCACGCCCCUGUACCUGGCGUGCCAGGAGGGCCACCUGGAGGUGACAAAGUACCUGGUACAGGAGUGCAGCGCAGACCCGCACGUGAGCGCCCAAGACGGCAUGACGCCUCUGCACGCCGCGGCGCAGAUGGGCCACAACCCCGUCCUGGUGUGGCUGGUGAGCUUCGCAGACGUGAGCUUGUCCGAGCAGGACCACGACGGCGCCACGGCCAUGCACUUUGCCGCCAGUCGCGGCCACACCAAAGUGCUUAGCUGGCUCCUGCUGCACGGGGCAGAGAUCUCUCAGGACCUGUGGGGCGGGACCCCGCUGCACGACGCUGCUGAGAACGGGGAACUCGAGUGCUGCCAGAUCCUCGUGGUGAACGGCGCGGGGCUGGAAGUCCGGGACCAUGAUGGGUACACAGCUGCCGACCUGUCUGAUUUCAAUGGCCACACCCACUGCUCCCGCUACCUACGUACCGUGCAAACCCUGAGCGUGGAACACCGAGUCCUGUCCCGGGAUCCGUCCACUGACCUGGAGGCAAAACAGCCUGACUCGGGCAUGUCCUCGCCCAACACCACCAUGUCGGUGCAGCCGCUGAACCUGGACCUCGGCUCGCCCACCAGCACCCUCUCCAACUAUGACUCCUGCUCGUCCAGCCACUCCAGCCUCAAGGGUCAGCGCUCUACCCGAGGGCUUCCCAGUGCAAGAGCUGCAGAUUUACAGAGCUACAUGGAUAUGCUGAACCCAGAGCUGAGCGUGCCUCAGGGCAAAAUAGGGAAGCCUACUCCACCACCACCGCCACCAAGCUUCCCUCCGCCGCCACCACCCCCAGGCACCCAGCUGCCCCCACCUCCACCAAGCUAUCCAGCUCCUAAUCCCCCUGUGGGGCUACCUGCGGAUAAUAUCUACAUGCAGACCAAGAACAAGCUUCGUCAUGUGGAAGUGGAAUCACAGAAGAAGGAGCGGAGCUCGGGCGACGGCCACUCAGGAUUGCGAAGGCAGGACUCGGGGCUGCCCUGGCACAACAUCGGACUGCGCAGGCAGGACUCCGGCCGCAAGCAGCGCUCGUUCAGCAAACAGCCCAGCACGGGGGACUACUACCGCCAGCUGGGCCGCUGCCCGGGGGAGCCGCUGGCCUCACGCCCGGGCAUGGCCCACAGUGAGGAGGUGCGUGCUCUCCAUCCCGCAUCCAUGGGCCGUCCGGGCCCGGACCCUGUUGCGCGCUCCUCACUCUCUGGCCCCUCUGCACCCCCGCAGGCGGCGCUGCUCCCCGGGAACCACGUGCACAACGGCUGCUCAGCGGACCCCAAGACGUCUAAGGAGCUGCCACCACCACCGCCACCACCACCGCCGCCUCUGCCCGAGGCCCUGAGUUCGCCGCCACCUGCCCCACCUCUGCCCAUCGAGGGCGCGGUCGCAGGCUGCGGGCAGCGUCGUUCCUCGUCGUCUGCUGGCAGUACCAAAUCUUUCAACAUGAUGUCUCCAACGGGUGAUAACUCAGAGCUGCUGGCUGAGAUAAAAGCAGGCAAGAGCCUGAAGCCAACGCCACAGAGCAAGGGGCUGACCACUGUGUUCUCAGGCAGUGGGCAACCAGCCUCCCAGGUAGGCUCUAGACGGGUGCCCCGCCCGGGCUCCCAGUGCCUGCUGGGUGCUCAGCCCUACUGCUUCUCCCGGCAGCCUGAGUCACCGUCACCUCAGCCAUCGCCACAGCCCUCGGUGUCACCUGCGCCAUCUCGAGCCCGGAGCCCCACCCCACCAGCCUCUGGGCCUCAGCCGUUGCUCAAUGGCAGCCUAGUGCCGGCACCACCUGCCACGCCAGCACCUGGAGUACAGCUGGAUGUGGAGGCCCUCAUCCCUACGCUGGAUGAGCAGGGCCGGCCCAUCCCGGAGUGGAAACGCCAGGUGAUGGUCCGGAAGCUGCAGCAGAAGAUGCAGGAGGAGGAGGAGCAGAGGAGGAAGGAGGAAGAGGAGGAGGCCCGGCUGGCCAGCCUGCCUGCCUGGAGGCGUGACAUCCUCCGGAAGAAGCUGGAAGAGGAGAGGGAGCAGAAGCGAAAAGAGGAGGAGCGACAAAAGCAGGAGGAAAUGCAGAGGGCGAAAGAACAGUCUGAGAAGCUGCGGACACUGGGCUACGACGAGGCCAAGCUCGCACCCUGGCAGCGACAGGUCAUCUUGAAGAAGGGGGAGAUCCCUAAGUAAUAAGAGUCUCUCGUCCUCUUGCGUGUAGCCUCACCAGUUCUGAGAGAUGGGGAGCGGCCCCCCAGCCCCCGCCCCAUCCUUUCAGGUUGGUGCGAAAGGGCUGGGAGCCUUGCCGCCCUUCCCUUCGGUGCCGGAACCCUCCCUGUUUCCCCUCCCUGGCCCCACAUGCCCAGCCCUGCUGCUGGAGAAUGCUUGCGCACUGCUGCUGUCGCCUGGAAAAAGUGCCCAAGCUGUUGACGCAAAAAGAAAAAAAAGAUAGAAAAAAAGA